AUGCGUUUCGCUGCUGCUACCGUCGCCCUCUUCGCUGGCCUGGCUGCCGCCCUCCCCGGUGCUGACACCACCGUCUACCAGACUGAGGAGGUCACCAUCACCUCCUGCGCUCCCACCGUCACCGACUGCCCGGCCUCCCAGACCGGCGUUGGUGCCACCGGCUCCAGCAGCGUCCCCGUCAUCCCCACCAACACCCCCGUGGCUUCUGGCCCCGCCGGCGGUGCUUCUGGCUCUCCCAGCGCCCCCGCCGUUGUGCCCAGCGCUCCUGCCACCACUGCUCCCGCUGUCUCGGUCAUCCCCGUUGUCUACACCACCUGCAGCCCCGUCGUCCUGACCUCCUACUCCACCGUCCCCGUUGCCACCCCCACUGGCAACUCCCCCGUCGGUGGCACUGGCGUCCCCCACGCCCCCUCCUCCAGCAAGCCCGCUGGCACUGCUAGCCCCUCCGCCUCCUCCACCCCCGUCUUCAACGGUGCCGGUGCUGUCUCUGGCUCGCUCACCUUCGCCGGUGUUGCUGCCGCCGCCGCCUUCUUCCUGGCUUAA